AUGUCCCUCGGGCGAUUUCGACGAAGCAGGGAUCGCAAGAGCACCUUCGACAUCAGUUUCCCCAUCAGACGAUUGACCUCCCAUUCUCCAGAAGGCUCCGACCUCAGCCGCGCAACAACAAUCGUCGACGAUGGGGUGGAUGAUGCGAAAGGGCCGCUUGGGCUCAACACUCUACACGCACCUCCAGGCCCAACCUUCGAUUUAGUAUUAGUACAUGGGCUUGGAGGAGGUUCGAAAAAGACAUGGAGCAAAACAACAUCGCUGAAGGAUUACUGGCCUGCAGAGUGGCUGCCGAAAGACCCUGCCUUUACCAAUGUUCGGAUUCACAGCUAUGGCUACAAUUCGGAUUGGACGAAAAGGAACGAUAACUGCCUCAACGUUCACCACAUUGGCAAGGCCUUCCUGGGCGAUCUGGCGACAUCGCCACAUAUCGAUGGAAGUAACACCAACUUGGUGCUGAUUGGCCACAGCAUGGGUGGUCUGGUCGUUAAGAAGACCUACAUGUUGGCGCGUCAGGAUCCGCUGUACCAGGCACUCGCCGCUCGAGUCCGUGCAAUUUUCUUUCUUGGAACACCGCAUCGUGGGUCAGACUCAGCAAAGCUCCUGAAGAAUAUCCUUCAAGUUGCUUCUUCGGCACCCGCUUAUGUGACAGACCUUGUUCGAGGAUCCGGGGCUAUCCAAAGCAUCAACGAUGAAUUCCGCCAAUACUCGGCCGAUGUAGAGCUGUGGUCAUUGUACGAGACACAAAAGCUUGCAGUUAAAGGGUUCAGCACUCUCAUUGUCGAUCCAGAAUCAGCUACCUUGGGGUACCGUGAAGAAAGACAAAUACCAAUAAACGCUGACCACCGAUCCAUUUGCAAAUUCGACACACCACUUGAUCCGAACUACGUGACGUUAAGGAACGCCCUCGCCUCCUCCAUACGUGGAAUAGCAGAAGCAGAACUGACAGCCGCACAAAUAACACAGCAAAGCACCAUUCAGGAUCUUGCCGACUUUCUCUCCAUCAGCGAUAACGUCGAUGAUGACUUCUUCACUGUUCAGGACGCGCGUGUCGAUGGUACAUGUCGGUGGUUACUGGACAAGAGCGGAUAUCAAAACUGGAAGAAUGCGGAUUCUGACAGCCCAUCCAUUCUCUGGAUUGAUGGAAAGCCUGCCACCGGCAAGACCGUACUGUCCGGAUUUGUCAUCGACGACAUCUACGAGGCUGGCAGUCCAUGCAGUUACUAUUUCUUCAAACACAGCGAAAAGUCGAAAUCCAAACUCAGCUCAUGUCUGCGUACUCUUGCAUUCCAGAUGGCCAUGCAGGAUGCUGGUGUGCUUGCUAAGCUAUCCGAGCUCCAGAAGACAAACACCAACCUUGACCUGGAGAACGAGCGUAGCAUUUGGAGGUCGCUGUUCAUAUCGGGAAUUCUCCCCGCCAUGUCGAAGCCGCAUUUUUGGGUGCUUGAUGCCCUGGAUGAAUGCUCCAACGCCAAGUCUCUGUUUGAGUCAAUUCUCUGCAAGAUGGACGGUUCCGCACAGCCACUGAAGAUUCUGGUUACAAGUCGGGAAACACCCGAGUUGUUAACGAGUUUCACUGCCCUUGGCCCGAAGCGGGUUCUUCGUGAGCAGAUCUCCACCGAAGAAACGCUCCCGGAUAUUGAGCGGCUGGUGACAAGCAAAGCCCAGUCCAUCAUCGCUGAAGAUGAUGAGAGUCGCGGUAGAUUGGUUAAACGAAUUAUCGACAAGUCCAAAGGCUCGUUCCUGUGGACCCAGUUGGUCCUUGACGAGCUAGCAGAUACUUUCAGCGAAGAAGCAGUGAAGCAGGUUCUCGAUGAAGUGCCGCGGGGAAUGGAACAAUUGUAUCACAGGGCUCUAGAAACAAUGACUCGGGAGACAAGAGGGAAGCCAAUCAUCAAGGCGGUCCUUGAAUGGACGACCUGCGCAUUAAGGCCCCUUACCAUUCUGGAGCUAAACGUCUGUUUGGAGAUCCAACUGAGGGAUAGGUUUCCCCAGCUCCAAGACACAAUUGCAGCACUCUGUGGUCAGCUUGUCAGUGUUGAUAAACUUCAGAGAGUACAAAUCAUCCACGAAACAGCCCGAGAAUUUCUGCUGGACGAGGGCUUGAGAUCCGAUUUCGCUAUCGACCGAGUUCAGGCGCAUACGAACAUGGCCCAAGUGUGUCUAACCUUUCUUACCGGGAAUGAGCUUCGUCCCGCAAGAAUGCAAAGACGUCUUAGCACAAGCCAGCCAGUAACUAAGAAAUGGUCAGCGCUUUACGCUUAUGCGUGCACCGCAUUCUCAUAUCACCUCUCCAAAGCCGACCCGAGCAGAAACGAUCUAUUGUCCUUGUUGGAUACAUUCCUGAAAGCGAACAUCCUGACUUGGAUUGACCACACGGCCCAGGGUAAAAGUUUGGGACCCAUGGUGCGGUCCGCAAAGGAGCUCAAAACUUACACUGAGAGAUGCAUGGCAGAGCGAUCGCCCUUACGAAGAGACCUACAGCGCAUGAAGACUUGGACCAAGGAUCUUCAGCGAAUUGCCGCCAAGUUUUCCGCUGCGCUCCUAACGUCCCCCUCUGCUAUUUACUCCCUAAUCCUACCGUUCUGCCCUGAGCAGUCUGCCAUACACGAUACAAGUCCCAAUGGGAAGCGAAUAUCCAUCGUGGGACUUGCCAACCUGCAAUGGGAUGACCGGUUGUCCUGUAUCAACCUUCGACAAGAGAAAACGAGCGCAAUUUGUUACGGGGAGGAAUUUCUUGCUGUUGGAGUGACAGGCGGCCGAGUUGGUCUGUACCAUCCGAUAUCCUGUCAGGAAUACCGCAGCCUGAACCAUUGUGAAUUAGUGAGGCAACUUGCAUUCAAGGCCAACUCCAACCUCUUGGCUACCUGCGGCCUCAAAUCAAUCCGGAUCUGGAACAUUCGGACUGGCGAGCUGCUUCAAACAUUCCCAGCUCCUCGAAAGUGCGUUGGUCUCUGGUUUGAUGAAGAUCACCUGGUCGCUCUUUCCAGCAAGAACGAAAUAUGGUCCUGGGAUAUUGAAAAUGAGGGAUCAGCAAGCAAAAGGCCCAUGGUCAGAGUAAAUGAUUCUCAUAAUAUGGACUGUGAGGCCAUUCGCCAAGUCCCAGCCGCCGUAUCCGUUGGCAUAGCACACAAGAUGCUGGCUGUUGCAUACAGCGGUAAGCCCAUAGUUCUUUGGUACCUCCAGGAUGACCAGUUCUACGGCUACUGUGGCAAGAAGCUUGUCGAUGGCGAAACUGCAGUGCACCCCAUUCAAGCCUUACAGUUCAAUCCCAAUCCGAAUAUUGAACUCCUCGCAGCAUCGUACCUCGACGGGGAUCUUGUUAUCAUUGAUCCUUUCAGUGACCACGAAAUCGAGAGGAAACGGGCCAGUUGCCACACACUGAGUGCGAGUGCAGAUGGACGACUUCUUGCUGGCGGUGGUGGAGGGGGGGUCAUUCAAAUCUUCGAGUUCGACACACUCAAACUUUUGUACAAGGUUCGGACAUCUGAUCUCUGGAUCAAAAGCCUCGCUUUCAGCCUAGAUGGCAAGAAUCUGGCUGAUCUGCGAGGCUCACAGUGUAAUGUGUGGAUGCCCCCAGUCCUCCUUGCCGGCUCAAUCGAAGACGACGUCAGCGUGGAUACAUCAAACACCUUCAACGACACACCACAAAUUGAACAACGGGCCAAGAUUGAGUGUGUUGCAAUCACAUCAGACGGCGUCAUUUGUGGCAAAGACGAUGGCUCGGUUACGUUCCAUGAUAUACGAGGUGAAAAACUGCCAGAAACACUCUAUUCGCACAAGGCCGCUGUUCAGAUCUUGUCGUGGGUUGAAUUGGCUCGAACGAUCUUGAGCGUCUGUGUCUCAAACCGAGUCUUGGCGUGGUCUUUGGGGGACAUGAAGUCUGUUGCAGGACAUCAAUGCUUGUUAGACAUCAGGCCCGAUUAUGGCGGCAAUACCAUCACGCAUAUUCUUGCUGGCUAUCCCUCGAAGAAACUUAUCCUCUCAACAAGGACCACUGAUCAUCUGUGGGACAUGGAGAUCACCGCCGAGAAAUCACACAGGACAUACGACUCUGAAAGCCGGACACGAAUAUGGGUACAGCAACCGGCGUCAUCCGAGCAUGUUGUUUGUGUCACAUCAACAACUGUCGACGUAUAUCCCUGGAAUGCUUGGUCUGCCAUGCCCGUCCUGAGCAUCGCGCUGGGGAUUACUGUUGAGGGCUUGCAGCUCAAAAGCAGACCUCUGUUUUAUGGAGUCAAAGGAACACACAUGCUGAUAGAGCUCGAGGAGAUUGAUGGAUCGGCGGAUACGAAACGGAUUCUGGCCUUUGAUCUGUCUCGAGAAGGCCUAUCCAUGCCAGAGACUCCAAGGAAAUUGAUGGCAGCUACCGCCCCAGCAUUGACAUCGUCCGCUGCUUCAGCACAGGAUCACCUUGCACAGAUUCCAACUGUCACAGUCAGCCCAACUCCUUGCCUGAUUCAUCCCACUGAAGCGCCCAGCGGGAUUAUCGCAUCCUAUCCGGAAGAAAUCAUCCGCAGAAUAGCACACGUAAUUGGAAUUCAGGGCCACGGAAACCGCAGCAGGCUAGUGUUUUUGGAUUCCAACUCCUGGGUUUGUUCGACGAGCCUCCCAGGAAACGACACGGUAUCACGGCAACGAGAGACCCACGACGCGAAAAGCCAAUCCUUGUCAUGUACCAGGCAUUUUUUCAUUCCUUAUGAUUGGUUAUCGGGAGUGCGGCAUAUGAUUGGUGGUGUUGCUAGGGGACAAGACGUGGUUUUUGCAAAGGACGGUGAUGUGGCGAUUGUGAAGGGAGGGUUUGACUUUGAGGAAAGGGUUGAUGUUUCUUCGGCGUCACCGGCUUCUGGCUCUAGUCAUGGAGGGAAUAGUGGUGUGAGGGCGGGUUUGCUGAGGGUGCCAACAACGUGAUCUCCAUGCGUCCAAGGAAAUGAUGCCGCAGUGUGUAUCCAGUAUUUGACAG